CGAGAGACCAACACCAAACCUGCCGAGCCAGCAGAGGUGUCCGUGGUCGGAGCGUAAGCGACCAAUCCAACAGUUAAGAGUUGUGCAUCACUGUCGUGGUUGUCUGGAGUCUUCCUUACACACACACACACACAUAUCAUAAUGAGUGAUGAUGAGCUGCAGGCCAUCCGCAACAAGAGGAUGCAGGAACUGCAAGGUAUGCAGGGCCAACAGCAGAAGCAAGAGAUGAUUCAGCAGCAGCAGCAGGCAAUCAAUGGUCUUCUAAACCAGGUUUUGGAUCAGCAAGCAAGAGCAAGAUUAAAUACUAUUAUGGUGGCAAAGCCAGAGAAAGGAAAACAAAUGGAAUCUGUUAUUGUUCAGAUGGCAACUUCAGGACAGAUCGGUAGCAGGCUGUCAGAAAAUGAUCUCAUUAGUCUAGUGGAAAGAGUCAAUGCUCAAACUCAAAAAACUACUACAGUCAAGUUUGAUCGUAGGAGGGCUGCUCUUGAUGAUGACGACUAUUAAUCCACACCUUAGAAGGAUUUUUUGAAUAUUUUGACUUGCUACAAUAAUUUUUAUCCUGUUCCUAUAGUUGCUCUCCUCCCUUACCUUUUUUUAAUUCAAAUUUAUUAUUUGUAAAGUUUCAUGGUGCAUAACAUUUAACAUGCACAAUAUGAGGAUUAAAAUGUGGAUUUGCAGUAUCAUGCUGCAUAUUUUGAAAGGACCUUGAAUUUACUGUGAUUGUCUUAAUAAUAUUCAGUGCUAUCAUGCACAUUUGUAUAAUUUGUUUCUAGAGAUUUUUCUUUAGUAUUGUUUGGUUAUUUUUACAAAUUUCAGAGGGUGUGUACUUUCAAAUUAAUAUAGUGCAAAGAAAGUUAGUUUGGAUAGUUUUUCUAUUUCCAUUAUGAGAUCAUUUUCUUAUGUGGCAACCAUUUGUAAUUUAAAGAUUAGAGUUCCCACCCAUGUUGUAUUUACGGGUUUGUUUACAAAGCCUCUCCAUGUGUUGCCUUACAUAAACUCAUGACCUUCCUUCUCUACAUAAACUCAACAGACCUUCACAGUCUGUUCUAGGAAUGUUCAUAAUUCCUUCAUUUUUUAUUUGUACUGUAUUAUAGAUGAAUGGAUGCAAGCACAUUAGCUUUGUGUGCAUGUCUUUUUAUUCAUUUAAUCUUGAGUUUACCUUCAGUGUGAUAUAUUUGCUACUUAGCUGAAGUGUUGUAGUUAGAAACAGCCUGAAGUAAUUGUUACUUAAAUUAUGAAAUAAUGUCCAUUUGUCACCUCUAUCAUUAUAAAGAAAAUUGCCAAAUGCUCAUAUGUAGUUAUAUAAAUUCAUACCAAAUGCACCUUAGAAAAAAAAUUCUGUUGUUUCCCUGACUGUUAAAAAAUGUUUGUAAAUUAACUUUGAUCCCAUAGCUAAUUUUAUCAAUAA